AUGGCCAAGCUCCCACAGUCCAUCCCCAGAUCCGCACUCCCGGUACAGAUGUCAAUAUACGCAGAUGACAUCUGCUUGUGGGUAUCAGGAAUAUACAAGAGACAAAUUUACCACUGCAUUCAAGAAGCCAUCAAUGCGACGGAGGGUUUCCUGGUGGAAUCUGGGCUCGCCCUUUCACAGGAGAAAGCAGCCUGUAUGGCAAUACGUGGAAAUGAACGGCGUUUCCCUCAAGCCGACGUAACAUUGGCAGGGUCAAAGAUCAAACAGGUACACAAACAACGUUUCCUAGGCAUUAUACACACCAGGCAACUAAAAUGGGCUCAGGCCGUGAAAGCUGUAAUGGAUGUCUGCAGACCGGCCGCAAAUGCAAUCAGCUGCAUGACAGGGACCUCUUGGGGAUGCUCUGAACGGACAUUGGCGGCCGCCCACAGAGCCUUGGUAGCAUCACGAGCCUUAUACAGACUUCCGUACAUGACGCCGUCACAAGCGGACAGGGACAAGCUGGAGUGGGUACAGAAAUGCGGACUACGCACAGCAAUGGGCGUCCCUCAAGCCGCAGGAAAUGAGGCAGUUUUAAGAGAGAUGGGCGUAGACCCUUUUUUGAGACAAGCAGCAGUGAGACAGCUGCAACAACUAACAAGACUGUCAACUUCCACCGCAAGUAGAUGGCUGCUCACACGACUACAAGACCAGAAGGAGUCCAGAUGGAGGACGGUGAUAGGCGAGUUCCUAGAUGUGGCAUCCCCUUUGCCAGCGGUAGCAAACGACGCAAGAGUGGCCCCCUGGGAAGUGGCAGAGAUUCCAUGUGAGAUCAAAAUUGAACACCUGAUUUUCAAGAAAGCUAAACCACCGCUGCUGGCCAAGUCAGCGGUGGAAUACCACUAG